UUAUUAUGAAGAAAAUGAGCCUUUGGGCCUGUAUCUUUCUUGUGACAUGGGUGAAUGACCUUUGAUGGAGAUUUGAGUUCGAGAUCAUCGAUUGUGGCUGGCGAUGGAGAAUCAUCGCAGGCGAAGCUUGCUUGAUGAUGAUGGUGAAAUUGGAUUACAGUAGAGAGACGGAAGAAGAAUGCCGAAGUGAAGCAGUGCCGAUGAGAGCAAGCUCUUCUUGAGGCUCAGCUUUGGAGUCAGCGACGGUUGAUGAUAAAGAGAUUAUCUCAAAAUGUCAAUAAAAUUUCAAGAACUGAGACCUGAGUCAAUGACCUACCAGGAAAGAUUCUUAGUUGUCACCAACCAACAAAGAGACAGACGACUUAUAUACACGCCAACGAGCUUGUUGAUCCCUUCUCAGCUAUCAGCAGCCAACUACAGCUCUAGAUCGUGGCAUGGAAACAGUGAGUUGGAAGGAGAGAUGAUGAUGCAGUGUUUAGAUGCAUUAAAGCACUUCUCCAUAUUUCUCUUGACUUGUUGUGAUUCUGAUCGUCAUCAACACUCCGGGGGUCUUCCCAACCCUAAGGAUCUGGCUAGAGGCACUGUCUUUACUGUGAAUGAGAUUGAAGCUCUUUACGAAAUGUUCAAGAGCAUCAGCAAAGCCGGCCUUAUCGACAAGGAACAGUUUCAGUUGGUACUCUUUAAAUCCAACAGAAAGAAGAGCCUUUUUGCUGACAGGGUGUUUGACUUGUUUGACACCAAGCAUACUGGAAUCCUUGAUUUUGAAACCUUUGCACGUGCCAUUUCGGUUUUCCACCCCAAGGCUCGAAUGGAGGAUAAGCUCGAGUUUGCUUUCAAGCUGUAUGAUCUGAAGCACCAGGGGUUUAUAGAGAGACAAGAGUUGAGGCAAAUGAUGGUGGCGACUCUAGCUGAAUCUGGCAUGAAUCUUUCUGAUGGCGUGAUAGAGAUCAUCAUAGACAAGACAUUUGAAGAAGCUGAUAGUAAAAUGGACGGGAAGAUUGAUAAGGAAGAGUGGCAGAGUCUUGUUCUUCGUCACCCCUCUUUGUUGCAGAACAUGACCCUUCAGCAUCUCAAAGACAUAACAAAGACGUUUCCGAACUUUGUGUUUUACACCAUAGUGACUGACAACCCAUCAUCUGGAUGAUCAUGAGGGAUGUGAUUUUGGAUUUUUGUUGGUGCAAGUUGAUUCUUUUCUUUUUUUUUGGCAAAAGAGAUGGUACAAUAUUGUAUUUUGAAAACUUGUUUCUUACUUAACUUCGACUCUAAUUCUAUUUGUAUCUGAAACCUGGCCUUUCUGAUUUA